UUCGAAGUUAUCAUCGGAUUGUUUUAGGUAUAUAGAAAAAACAAAAUAAAAGAAAAAUAAUGACCGGUCGUGGAAAAGGUGGUAAAGGACUUGGAAAAGGGGGUGCAAAACGACACCGAAAAGUUUUACGUGAUAAUAUCCAAGGAAUUACCAAACCUGCUAUUAGAAGAUUAGCUAGACGUGGAGGAGUAAAACGUAUAUCGGGAUUAAUUUACGAAGAAACUCGUGGAGUUUUGAAAGUGUUUUUGGAAAAUGUUAUUAGAGAUGCCGUAACAUAUACUGAACAUGCUAAGAGAAAAACGGUAACGGCUAUGGAUGUUGUUUAUGCUUUAAAACGUCAAGGUCGUACUUUAUAUGGUUUUGGUGGUUAAUUUUCAUUUUUCAUAUUUGAAGUAGAAGAAUAUGUCCUCCAUCGCAUUCUUCCCAUAGCAUAUGUAUAUAUACAAAAAAAAA